AUGCUGGCUACGGCCCUCGCCAAGGCAAAUACCGCCGUUCAACUCGAUAAUACUCAAGCUUACACCUUUGCCCAAAAAUACUAUGAAGAAGCAUGCGCCCUUCUGACGCAACUUAUCGGCAGAGCGUCGAACGCAGAAGACCGAUUGAGGAUUGAAGCAAUUAGGGAAACCUACCUGAUCCGGAUCGAGCAGUUGAAGGAGUUGAUACCCGAGGAGUCGUAG